AUCCUAUAAAGCGCUUGACGGCUUGGCCGGUUUUCAGCCACUCACCAUACAGGUGCGCUCGGACAUUGGCGUUUUAACUGUUUGAAGCAAACAGUGCGUAUUUAAUUUACCCUCUAAAUGUGUUAAGUAAGACUUAAUGGCGACCUCUCAUGUCUUCGCGUAAGACUAACUGGGACACGAAGGCGCUCAAACACGACGGAGCAGCAACAAACUGGCGAAUCAGACCAACGGCGCUGAAGAAGCGACGGAUUUGUUUUCUGCGUUCAUGAAGACAGUUUCUUUUCUUGCGUCGAGGGAUUAACACUUGUGAGGAUUCGGGUUCAUUGGAAUAUUUUUCUGGUUUUUUUUUCUCCCCUUUUAGUGAUUUUCGACCAGUAAAAUGUAGCCUCUGCCUGCCAGAUGUGAGGGACCACAUCUGCAACCUACAGCAAACACCCCCGUCUGUCUACCUGUUCCUCAGGAAAAAAAACAAAAAACGCUGCUGCAGCUCCUCAACAUCUGCCAGCUCACAUCCGGGAGGCUUCAAGGAUUAGGCAGCCAGCUUCAUGACAGACCUUAGAGACCCUGACUGUUUGCUUGAAAGCAGAUCACUAAAGUCUCUCAUUUAACUUUUUUCCCCCCCACCAGUGGCGCUGAUAAUUAUGAUGAUGAUCAGGAUCCUAGGUGACAUUUGACAGACAGGUGGUUUUCAGUUAGGCCUGCGAAGGGACGAUGGCCCGCCUGGGACCAGGCUUGCUGUUGCCCGUUAAUGGUCUGGGCUACCCUCCUCAAAACCUGGCCAGAGUAGUGGUCUGGGAAUGGCUGAAUGAACAUGGCCGCUGGAGGCCCUACGGUGCAGCGGUUUGCCACCACAUCGAGAACAUCCUGAAGGGGGAUGCCCGCGGAACCGUGGUUCUGGGCCAAGUGGAUGGUCAGCUCUCCCCUUACAUUGUUGAUUUGCAGUCCAUGCAUCAGUUUCGUCAGGAUACAGGCACCAUGAGACCAGUACAGAGGAACUUCUAUGAACCGUCGUCUGCUCCAGGGAAAGGCGUCAUAUGGGAGUGGGAGAACGACAAUGGUUCUUGGACACCAUAUGACAUGGAGAUCUGUGUGACUAUCCAGAACGCCUAUGAAAAGCAGCACCCCUGGUUGGAUCUGACCUCUCUGGGCUUCUCCUACCUCAUUGACUUUAACAGCAUGUCUCAAACAAACAAGCAGAGCCUGCGCAAACGGCGCCUCCGCAGGCGCAUGGAUCUCGCUUACCCGCUUAUCAUGGGUUCCAUUCCCAAAUCACAGUCCUGGCCUGUAGGAACCAGCUCUGGCCAGCCGUGCUCCUGCCAGCAAUGCAUCCUGGUAAACGGUACAAGAGCUGCGUCAAAUGCAAUCCUUGCCUCUCAGCGACGGAAGCUCUACGGUGGGGCAGCAGGCAAUACCGGCACGACAGGAACCCUGACCGCAGUGCGACAGAGUAACACCUUUGCUGGAACGUCCCUCUGGUCUCCAAACUCUUCUGGGACCAAUGAUAUCAGUGCAGGAGGUGGACAAACCAAAGGUGAACAGUUGCAGGUCCCACUGUCCCCGGCCAACUUCCCGUGUUCCCCUGUGAUGUCAUCCCAUGGCCACGCCAACACCCUCACCAUCAAUGGACAAAACAACCUGAACCGACCGGGCACCCAGCGCAUCUCUAUGACCACUCCCAGAGGAACCAUCCCACCAGGGGUUCCUGCUCUUCCAGUCAAGAACCUGACUGGAUCUGGACCAGUGCACCCAGCACUAGCAGGUAUGACCGGUAUCCUGAUGUGCGCUGUAGGUCUGCCUGUUUGCCUGACUCGAGCACCAAAGCCCAUUCUGCACCCACCGGCCAUCAGCAAGAGCGAUAUGAAGCCUGUGCCGGGGAUCAACGGCAUGCGACGCAAGACAAAGAAAAAGCAUCUGAGGAGAGGGAAAACCCCAGAGGAUGUGGUCAGAAGAUACACUGAGAAAAUUAAAGUGGUGCCAGACGAGGACUGUACCAUCUGCAUGGAGAGGCUGGUCACGGCAUCAGGCUAUGAAGGCGUCCUACAGCACAAAGGCAUCAAGCCAGAGCUGGUGGGCAAACUUGGCAAGUGCGGCCAUAUGUACCAUCUGCUGUGCCUGGUGGCUAUGUACAACAAUGGCAAUAAGGAUGGCAGUCUUCAGUGCCCAACGUGCAAGACCAUCUAUGGUGAGAAAACAGGCACUCAGCCUCCUGGGAAGAUGGAGUACCAUGUCAUCCCCCACUGCCUGCCCGGUUACCCAGACUCCAAGACUAUCCGAAUCGUCUAUGACAUUCCUGCUGGUGUCCAGACCAAUGAGCACCCCAACCCUGGGAAAAAAUUCAGCGCAAGAGGUUUUCCCCGACAGUGUUACCUGCCAGACAACGAAAAGGGCAGGAAGGUCCUCAAGCUGCUGAUCACGGCCUGGGACCGACGCCUCAUCUUCACCAUCGGGACGUCCAGCACCACAGGAGAAACAGACACCGUGGUGUGGAACGAGAUCCACCACAAGACUGAAUUUGGCUCCAACCUGACUGGCCACGGCUACCCCGACCCCAAAUACCUGGACAACGUCCUGACAGAGCUGUCAGCCCAGGGAGUUGGCGAGGCAAACCUGAAAGACUGAAAGGUUCCUAAGCAGCUGAUUUUUCAGGAACACAACCUAUCAUGGGUGGCGGGGGGGUGAUGGGGCCUAUCUCAGCUGCAUUCGAGCGGAAGGCAGGGUACGCCCUGGACAAGUCGCCAUCUCAUCGCAGUAUUUUGAAACAAAAAAAAAAAAACUAAAGUUGUCUUUAUUUUUAACUUAUCGGGCCAUGAUUUGACCAGUCCAGCCCACUUGGGAGUAGAUUUUUCUCAAAACUGAGUUUGACACCCCUGCUGUACAUGUUCAGUCUGACAUAUAUGAAAUGAAAUGAAUUAUAUUUAUAUAGCGCUUUUCUCUAGUGACACAAAGCGCUUUACAUAGUGAAACCCAAUAUCUAAGUGUGGGUGGCACUGGGAGCAGGUGGGUAAAGUGUCUUGCCCAAGGACACAACGGCAGUGACUAGGAUGGCGGAAGAGGGAAUGGAACCUGCAACCUUCAAGUUGCUGGCACGGCCGCUCCACCAACCGAGCUAUGCCGCCCAAUAUCAAUCGGUCAGAUUCCGCAAGAUUUUGAGUGAAUGUCGUCACUCCCUGAAUGUGUUUGAACAGGAAGAGAGUUGUUGGAGACCUCUCUAUAUGCAAAUAUUUGUCUCACGAAAACAGGUCAUUAUUACUCUCCGAAAAAGGCUUUAGCAAAAGAGGUGUAAGCUUAUGCUGCAUUGAGAUUGAUGUUUUUUUUUAAUGAAUUUCAUUGUUAAAAAUCGCUGACAUCAAGAAAAACAUGCAAGUCCAUUCAUGACUAUUCAAAGUGAAAGUGAAAGCGAUGCUUGUUUAUCGAACCUUCAUCAAUAUAAGUGGUGUUUAUUUCCAGAUGUUCAUUUAUAAAAAAAAAAAGGUUCUGAAACUGAGAAGCCGAGUGGUUGGCGCCACUUUUCGAGGCCCUUUUAGAACUAUCAGGGAAUUUUUCCAUGUUCUAGAACGUUCCUUUUCGUCGGCCCCUUUACGCUUUCAGGUGUGCGCGGUACGUGCGAGCGCUGGUGUUUAUGCAAUUUCCUAUUUACCACACGUGACGGCCCAUUUAUUUGUAGCAAGUUUUUCUCCUGCUGUGUCACGGCGUGUGGAAAUAUACAGUGGGGCAAAAAAGUAUUUAGUCAGCCACCGAUUGUGCAAGUUCUCCCACUUAAAAUGAUGACAGAGGUCUUUAAUUUUCAUCAUAGGCACACUUCAACUGUGAGAGACAGAAUGUGGAAAAAAAAAUCCAGGAAUUCAAAUUGUAGGAAUUUUAAAGAAUUUAUUUGUAAAUUAUGGUGGAAAAUAAGUAUUUGGUCAACCAUUCAAAGCUCUCAUUGAUGGAAAGAGGUUUUGGCUCAAAAUCUCACGAUACAUGGCCCCGUUCAUUCUUUCCUUAACACGGCUCAGUCGUCCUGUCCCCUUAGAAGAAAAACGGCCCAAAAGCAUGAUGUUUCUACCCCCAUGCUUCACAGUAGUUAUGGUGUUCUUGGGAUGCAACUCAGUAUUCUUCUUCCUCCAAACACGACGAGUUGGGUUUAUACCAAAAAGUUCUAUUUUGGUUUCAUCUGACCGCAACAUUCUCACAUACUCUCUGGCAAACUGCAGACCGCCCUGGACAUGCACUGGCUUAAGCAGGGGGACACAUCUGGCACUGCAGGAUUGGAUUCCCGGUCGGCGUAGUGUGUUACUAAUGGUAACCUUUGUUACUUUGGUCCCAGCUCUCUGCAGGUCUUUCACCAGGUCCUCCUGUUUGAUUCUGGGAUUUUUGCUCACCGUUCUCAUGAUCAUUUUAACCCCAUGGGAUGAGAUCUUGCAUGGAGCCCCAGAUCGAGGGAGAUUACCAGUGGUCUUCUAUGUCUUUAAUUUUCUGAUAAUUGCUCCCACAGUUGAUUUUUUUCACACCAAGCUGUUUGCCUAUUGUAGAUUCACUCAUCCCAGUCUGGUGCAGGUCUAUUAUUCUUUUCCUAGUGUCCUUCGACAGCCCUUUGGUCUUGGCCAGAGUGGAGUUUGGAGUCUGACUGUUUGAGGCUUUGGACUGGUGUCUUUUAUUUAAAUAACGAGUUCAAACAAGUGCCAUCAAUACAGGUAACGAGUGGAGGACAGAAUAGCUUCUUAAAAAAGAAGUUACAGGUCUGUGAGAGCCAGAGAUCUUCUUUCUUUGAAGUGAUCAAAUACUUAUUUUCCACCAUAAUUUACAAAUAAAUUAUUUAAAAUUCCUACAAUGUGAAUUCCUGGAUUUUUUUUUCACAUUCUGUCUCUCACAGUUGAAGUGUACCUACGAUGAAAAUUACAGACCCCUGUCAUCAUUUUAAGUGGGAGAACUUGACUAAAUACAUUUUUUGCCCCACUGUAUCUCUGAUCGAGGAUUGUGUGACAGGACUCUAUGAUCCUGUGGGAUUACAGCGUGGUGACGUCCGUCCUGUGGUAUUUCCACCUUGUCUCAUGUCUUGUGUCCUCUAUGUCUGCGCGUGUGUCACCUUCUUUAACGUCCUCCCGCAGAUGCAUGCCAGCCAAAGUGUGAGCCUUGCAGGACGGACUCUUGUGCGACACGCUGGUCCGCAUCUUGCCUCGAAACUUUCAUUUUUCUUUUCUCACAAGAGCGAGGGAGACCAACAGCGUUUGGUUUUGUUUCUCCACUCUUUGGUCUACAUUUUCGAAGUGUUGACGACCUGCAAACGUCCAAGGAGACACUCUGAUUCGACUAUAAAGGGCUUCUUGAUCCUAAUCAGUCUUUAUUGAAUUGUGAUGACUUUGUUGCAUGUUUGUGUCUUUCCUGUGGACAAAUAUGGAGAAAUAAAUGUGCCCCCAGCUGGGUUGACCUUU